AUGUCUAACGCCGACAAGUUCGACCCUAACUUCACCAAGAAUGUCAUCGACGCGAUUGGCCCGGCUUGCCCGCCCCGCGCUCGCUUCGUGCUCAGCGCCAUGCUCAAGCACAUCCACGACUUUGCCCGCGAGGUCGAGCUCACCACCGAGGAGUGGAUGGCCGGUGUCGAGUUCAUGAACCAGUGCGGCAAGCUUUGGGCUGAGAGCAACGGCAAGAGGAACGAGACUCACCGCAUCACCGACGUCAUCGGCCUGGAAUCUCUUGUCGAUGAGAUCGCCAACAAGCACCUUUCUGCCUCCGGCGAGGCCCCGACCUCGUCGACCAUCCUCGGCCCCUUCUGGAGCCCCCACGCUCCCUUCCGUGAGAACGGCGGCAGCAUCAUCGACUGCCCGCACAACGGCGAGGUCUCUCUGAUGCACGGCAAGGUCAUCGACCUCGAUACCAAGAAGCCCAUCUCGAACGUUGUCUUCGACAUCUGGCAGGCCAACUCCAACGGAAAGUACGAUUUCCAGGACCCCGAGGGCCAGACGCCCAACAACCUGCGCGGCAAGUUCAGGACCAACGAGAACGGCGAAUACCACUUCUACAUGCUCAAGCCCACCGCCUACCAACUGCCCACCGACGGCCCUGCCGGUGUCCUGCUCGGCCUGAUGGACCGCAGCCCCUGGAGGCCCGCCCAUCUCCACCUGAUGGUCAGCCACCCCGACUACAAGCCCGUCGUCACCCAGCUCUACCCCGACACCGACCCUCACCUUAUCGACGACUCCGUCUUCGCCGUCAAGGAUGACCUGAUCAUCCACUUCAACCCCCGCAAGGACGACCCCAAGGCAUCUCUCGACCUGGAGUACAACGUUCGCCUGGCUCCCAAGGACAAGACGGCGCAGUAG